AUGGUUUCGAAUAACGUGCAAUUAUCACCAGACACACAAAGCGAAGAUUCCGAGCUGUCCACUCCGACUUCAGGAAGAUCCCCCGAGUCGAAAAAUGAAUCAACAGCUUCUUCGCCACCAAAAAAUACAUCUACAAAGUUUCCAGGGAAAGACCUUCCCCCUCCCACUAUCGAUCAAACUCCCACGCGAUUUCUGGCUGGAUGUUCGAAGCUUGAUUUGGAACCGAAUCCUUUCGAACAAAGCUUUUCUGGUGUAGCCCCAAUUUCAGACAGUGUAGGAGCCAAUAGUCCGAAACCAAGUUUGCCUCCAGUUUCACAAAUUGCAAGUCCUGGUCUUCCCCCAAGCGAAGAUCGGUAUGGUUGGAAUUUACAAUCCUUGCGAAGCGGCGCUUUGUCGCCUUCUAUGCUAGCAGGGCCUCAAGAAAAUAUCAUGUUCGAUAACCUUCAGCCAGGUCGCACUGGAACCACACCACUUCCUUUUGGUUCCUUUGCGGAAUCUUCACCUGGAUCUACCGCAUUAUUUGGAGUCGCUGGUAACUUAUCAACUUCUUUCUUUAAUCCUGCUCUCCCCGUGACAUCUUUGUCAACUGUAAAUGCAACCGACCAAUUCGGUCGUAAUGUUUUUACUCAAGGAAUUCCUCGUACGCUCACAGAUUCCGAGCGUAAAAUCGCAACAAAUUCUGUUACUUCCAUAUCUGUACCCACAACACAGCCAGGAGUAAUACAACCCGGGGUGACCGCUACAUUGCCUUCAACAAAUCUUUUGAAUCUGUCAAAUGGAACAUCUGUUUCUUCUUCAAUGAUCGGACAUCAGAAUCUACUUGUUGGUGGCUCAGCCAUUAACAAUCGUAAUAUGCUCGCGUCAACACAGGAUACAAUAAGUAAUGCACUGAUUCCAGAUACAAUCAUGCCAAAAACUGAAAAGGAUGAUUUUGUGUCGCAGACUAACGGUAAUAUGAAUAUUAUGAAUAAUGGACGACAAUCAAACGGCAUAAAUUCAGGCUUAUUGGCACAUAAAGCUUCUUCACUUUCUGAUUCUAUGGAUGAAGAUUCUGUCAGCUCACCACAAUCCAACAAGAUGAAUACUUCGAACUCUUUAAAAUCGGGAUCACGUGGUGCGAGACGAAAGGCAGAAGAACCUCUAGUCAAUGAGCAACCUUCAAAGAAAAAUGGGCAAAAGGUAAAGAGUGAAAUGACCGAGGAGGAAAAGCGAAAGAACUUUUUAGAAAGAAACCGUCAAGCUGCUCUUAAAUGUCGUCAACGUAAGAAACAGUGGCUUGCGAAUUUACAGUCCAAAGUGGAAUUUUUGACCAAUGACAACGAAAACCUACAGAAUCAAGCACAAUCUUUACGCGAAGAAAUCAUUAAUUUAAAAACCUUGUUACUUGCACACAAAGAUUGCCCGAUUGCACAGGCUAAUGGAGUAAUGGGAUUGGACUCGAUACAGCCGAGCUCUCAGGGAAUUCCACAAAAUAUUAAUAACAUGGGUAUUGGGCCAAACGGCGUCCCGAUGGGAAUGGUACAAAGUGGGGUUUCGAAUUCUAACAUGCCUAGCGGGGUUCAGGGGUCCAUGUCAAUGGCGAAUGUUCAAGUCCCUCCGCAUAUGUCGAAUCACGCUACUGGACCACCCG